AGGGGACACGCACCGCGAGCGGCCGGGGAACAGGUACCGGCAACACCGUGGGAGGGCAGGGACCGGCUGAGGGACAGGAUGUGCGACCGGAGCGGCGGGCGGCGCCUGCGGCAGUGGCUGAUCGAGCAGAUCGACAGCGAGCUCUACCCGGGGCUGGUCUGGGAGAACGAGCACAAGUCCAUGUUCCGCAUCCCCUGGAAGCACGCCGGCAAGCAGGACUACAACCAGGAGGUGGAUGCUUCGAUUUUCAAGGCCUGGGCUGUUUUCAAAGGCAAGUUCAAGGAAGGUGACAAAGCUGAGCCGGCCACGUGGAAGACGCGGCUCCGCUGCGCCCUGAACAAGAGCCCUGACUUUGAGGAGGUGACAGACAGGUCCCAGCUGGACAUCUCUGAGCCCUACAAGGUUUACAGGAUCGUGCCAGAGGAGGAGCAGAAGUGCAAGGCAGGGAUUGCCAACGGGAGCAGCCUGAAUGAUGUCACAGAGAUGGACUGCAGCUCCUCUGCCAUCGAGGACCUCAUCAAAGAGCCCUCCUGUGUGGAUGAAUACCUGGGGAUCAUCAAGAGGAGCCCCUCACCCCCCCAGGAGACCUGCAGGAACCCCCCAAUACCCGACUGGUGGGUGCAGCAGCCCAGCCCUGCGUUGCCCCUGAUGAAUGGAUUCUCCAGCUACGAGCAGUACCACUCAGGUUAUUCCCAGAUGGUGAUCAGCUUCUACUACAGCGGGAGGCUGGUGGGCCACGUCAGCACCUCGUGCUCUGAGGGCUGCAGGAUCUCCCUGGGCCAGCCCUCGGGCCAUGGGGAGAAGCUCUACGCCCCUGACGCCCUGGAGCACGUGCGCUUCCCCUCGGCCGACGCCAUCCCCAACGAGCGCCAGAAGCACAUCACCAGGAAGCUCUUUGGCCACCUGGACAAGGGUGUCCUCCUGCACAGCAACAAGCAGGGCAUCUUCAUCAAGAGGCUGUGCCAGGGCAGGGUCUUCUGGAGUGGCAACACCAUGGCCUACAAGGACAGACCCAACAAACUGGACCGGGAGGACGUGGUGAAGAUCUUCGACACCAAUUUGUUCUUCAGAGAGCUGCAGCAGUACUACAACAACCAGGGCCGCUUCCCAGACAGCAGAGUCAUGCUGUGCUUCGGGGAGGAGUUCCCAGAUGCGGUGCCACUGAGGUGUAAACUCAUCCUCGUCCAGGUGGAGCAGCUGUACCUGAGGCAGGUGGUGGACGAGGCUGGGAAGAGCUGCAGCUCCAGCCCCAUGCUGCCCAUGGCCGAGGAGCCCCAGCACGAGCAGGGCUACCGGAUCUUCCAGGACGUGUGCCCGACGCGGCCGCUCUUCCGAGAGAGCCAGCAGAUCGCAGUCUGAGCCCUGCCCCUCCCCCAGCCUGCUGGGCUGGGCUUAGCCACACCCAGACUAUCCCAUCAGUGCCUAA